AUGACUGCCAGCUCGCUAUCCAAUGAUACACGAUGUACAGAUAAUCUCAACAGUGGUCGAAUACCUAACACGCGGCUGAACGUCGUCGUCGUCGGUUGUGGGUUAGGUGGAUUAGCUUGCGCAUUAAGCCUUCAAAGGGCUGGGCACAACGCUGUCAUAUUAGAAGCUGCUCGUAGUAUUGGAGAAAUAGGAGCUGGAAUACAAGUCACCCCGAAUUUGUCGCGUAUUUUGAUUAGGUGGGGACUGAGGGACGAAUUAGAAAAACUGGCGGUGGUUCCCCAAGCUAUCGUGUUCCGACGUUACAAAAACGGAGAGAAAGUCGGUGGUUCAGUAUGGGGCUCAAAAAUGGAGCGCGACCACGGCUCCCCGUACUACCAUAUUCAUCGCGCCGACUUACAUCGUAUGCUUUAUAAACUCGUGGAGCAAGCUGGUGUCAAAGUUCGGCUUGCGUCUACGGUAAAAUCAAUCAACCCGUUGGCACCGUCGGUGACUCUCUUCGGCGGAGAAACGAUGCACUGCGAUCUCAUAGUAGGAGCAGAUGGAGUGAAAAGUAUGAUUCGCGAGGUGGUUGUUGGAGGCCCUGAUAGGCCUCAACCUACCGGGGACGCGGCGUAUCGCGCCAUAAUACCAGCAGAAAAGAUGAGAGGAGACCCGGAAUUGGAAGCGCUCUUGGAAAACCCCGAGAUGACGGCUUGGAUGGGCCCAGGGAGACAUAUCAUGGCCUACUGCAUCCGGGGCCGCGAAGAAUAUAACAUGGUAUUAAUCCAUCCCGACGGUCGCGACGGCUCGGCGCCGGCAGUUGAAAGCUGGACUGCGGAAGGGAGUGUCGAAGAGAUGCGUAGAGACUUCAGCGGUUGGGAGCCUAGGAUCCAGAAACUGAUAAACCUCAUCCCGUCCACGCUGAAAUGGCUACUUGCCGAUCGUCAGCCCUUAGAUAAAUGGGUCCAUGAUUCCGGAAAGGUAGUACUCUUGGGAGACUCCUGUCACCCUAUGCUGCCUUACAGGGCGCAAGGUGCGGCAAUGGCAAUUGAAGAUGCAGUUGUGUUGGGUGGAUUGUUAUCUGGAGUGCGCGGCCCAGAUGAUCUUCCCCGGCUGCUCCGAGCAUAUCAGGCCCUCCGGCUGCCAAGGACUGCUGAAACGCAGAAGUCCGCAAGACUGAAUCAGUUCAUUUUUCAUCUUCCGGACGGCCCUGAGCAGGUAGCUCGGGAUGCUGAUAUGAAAUUAGCAAUGGACUGGGAACAGGAUUUGCUGAACAGGCAGAACGGUAAGAAUGGAUCAUCAUUAAAGGAAGAGCGUUCAUGGGCAGGAAACAUGAACCAAUGGGCGGACCAAACGAAGAAUAAACUCCAGUUCGCAUACGAUGCAUUUGCGGUGGUCGAGGAAUGGUGGAAACAGAAUAGUUAA